AAGAAGUCGUUUUCUACAGUGACUAUAUGUUUUGUUCGUCAUAAUAAAUAGUUUAUUCUACAUAUUUCAACAACAGUGACAAAAUUUGUAUAAAAUCUAUUUAUUAUGUAUAGUAAUUUUGUAGUAGUGAGUUUUAAUUGUACAUUUUACUUUCAAUGAUAGGAUUUGGUUUAUGGUUAUAUGGCGCACGUGAUAUUCCGUGAGGGAUACAUUUUCUUAUCACUCGUGCACAUAUUUUGUAUAAUCAUUGAUUGCAAAGCAUAUGCAGGCGAAUCCGCUUAUUGACAAUUCAGUUUUCCACAAUUUGAAUAUAAAAGGCCUUCAAAACGCAUAUCGUUCAUUUAAAUGUAUAAACAUCUCGCAGGACUCAGACAAGGUUGUAAAACACUAGUUUCUCAUUAUAAAUUACUGCAAACAAUGGGUGACAUAAAACCUAGUUCUACUGGGGUCCCAUUAACUCAAGUUGUGGAUACAUUAAAAAGUUUUGCUGACUUACCACUUGCAGCAUCUUGGGAUAAUGUAGGAUUGCUUGUUGAACCCACAGAACCAAAACUGAUAUGUCAUAUUCUUUUAACAAAUGAUUUAACCGAAGAUGUCAUGCAAGAAGCUUUAGAUUUGAAAAGUGACAUGAUAAUUACUUAUCAUCCACUAAUAUUUGCGCCUAUGAAAUCUGUAACAACUCGUUCAUGGAAGGAGAGAAUAGUAGCCAAAUGUUUGGAAAAUAAAAUAGCUGUAUACUCACCACAUACUACUUUUGAUUCAGUGAAAGGAGGCGUGAAUGAUUGGUUGGCUUCAGCAUUUCAAGAUGUACUUGAGAGCAGUAAACCGAUAGACGUGAAUAAUGACAACAAGGAGUAUGGUUUUGGAAGAUUAUGCGUCUUGAAGGAAAAAAUCUCUAUAGAACAAGCUGUAAGAUUAGUGAAGGAACGCACUGGCUUAAGUCACGUUCGAUUGGCGCGCGCUCGCCAGACAAACGGUUUCAUCAAUACUGUCGCGCUUUGUGCUGGAUCUGGGGCAUCCCUUUUAAAAGACGUUUCUGCAGAUCUAUACCUUACAGGAGAGAUGUUGCACCACGAUAUCCUCGAUGCCGUUCACAAAGGAGCCAGUGUGAUAUUAACAAACCAUUCCGAUUCCGAGCGUGGCUUUUUGAAAUCAUUUUCACCCACUUUGCACAACAUGCUAAACAAAUCCGUCGUAGUAAGCGUGUCUACAAGCGACGCGGAUCCGCUGACAACCGUUUAAUAUCUCUAUCCAAGAAAAGAGGAAUAACGAUCGGAAUAAUUAUAGGAUGGAGUUGUUUCUGUCAUACGUGAUAAAAUUUUAUUAAUAAUAUUAUAAAUCAUUCUUUCCUGUUAUUGGACUGACAAUUUUUAUUUCAAUCUGGUAAAGUUGAUCAGAGAAAUAGAGGGAAGUAGUUACAUAAAAGAAUCAUUGUAUAUUGCGUGUCGUUCAACAGAAAUAAUUCUCAGCUACAACGUAAACAGCGUUUAGGUUUCCUUCUCAUUUCGUAUAACGAGCUUAAAAACUACUUACGCAAUUUAAUCUCUGAAACAUGUGUAACCGUUAGAAUUCAUUUUCCCUUAUUUUGAUUAUUGAAAUAUCGCUUUGUUCUCCAUUCGCCCGUUACAUUCUCGUACAGUCCCUAACCAGCGUUUCGCAUUCACUCAACAACUCACGCACGGCGCACGGUUACAAAACGGAAAAACCCCCCCCUUCCCGGAUACAUCAACAACGUACACGGUCGCCGUUCGUCCCGUUGAAAACUUAUCUAAAGGAAAUACAACAGUCGUGAUUCUGGUCCAAUUGGAACGUUCCUCAAUUUAGGUCCACGCGUUCAAUUUCGUUCCCCGGCGGGUCCCGCCGUCGCCCUACCUCGGUUUCAACGAUAGAUGAAAAAAUGAUUCGCUCGUAACAGUCCAGUAAAUACAGCUUGA